UAUUUUUAUGUGUUCUGAAUCGUAUACUUUCAUUAUAAAUCAAAGUAUUUUAUUCUAUAUUAUGAUUCAAGUAAUUCACUAAUUUUAAUUUCAAUAGAAUAUACUUUGUCUCAAUAUAAUAUUAGAAAUCAACAAACAUUAAUCUUUACAUAUAAUGGCUCUAGUUGCUUACGACAACAGUGAUUCUAGUGAUUAUGGAGAAGAUGAUGGUGAUACUUCUUCUGUAUUGCCAGCCAAGAAACUGGAAGAACCUAUAGUGCCAUCUACAAAGACAGAUUCAAAAGAAUUAGAGACAUCACCAGAGGCAGGAGACAUAGGAUUAUUCAAUUUUCUGCCACAACCAACACUGAAAAGGUCAGCUGUUAUUGAAGAAGAUGAUGAAUUCUUGCACAAAAAGGAAACAUCAGAUAGUGUGAAACCAAAAGUUAAGAUUACAGUGCCUUCUUUGAGCGAUUUCAAAGAUGUGGAUGGAAGCACACAACCUGCUAAACCCAAGAUACGAAAUGGGCAAAAAUCAGGGUUGUUAAGUAUACUACCACAACCAAGGAAUGCCAGUUUAUCCAUUAAAGCUACUACAAAAUCAUUAAUACCACAUGUACUCACACGAAAUAAAACUAUGGAUAUAAAGAAAAAAGCCCCAUUACCUACACCAAUGAAAAAAGCUAAGACAGAUGUGAAAGCUCUAGCAGACUAUUCAGAUGACAGUGACAAUGAAGAUGAAGUACAAAAUGAUUUCUUCUCAAUCAACAAACCAAUUGAACUGCCUGCUGUUGAGGAUAUUCCUCUAGAUAUAGAUGAUAUGAGAAGCAAUGUGAAAAAUGUAUCAGCUCCAAGGGCACAAAGAGAAGCAUCUAACAUUCAAUCUUAUUUCAAAGACAAUGUUACAGAAAAUUAUGUGGAUAAUGAGACAGUCUAUUCAGAAGGUAGUAGUAGUAACCCUGAACAGUACACAAAUAAUGAAAUAUCAAGUACGAGUAGCAAUUAUGGUGCUACUGAUAAUGCAAAUGAAAUAGUCCUUGAUGACGAAGCUAUAUUAAAAUUGUGUGGUGCACGUGGCAAACGCAAAAGGGAAGACAUCCAAAUAGUAGACGUGAAUCAACAGGAAGUACUUGCGGAUGCACGUGAAUGGUUAUUGAAGGGACUUAUGGAUGACACAAGUAAGCGUGUCUCAUCAAGUAAGAAGAAAGGGAAUGAACCUACAACGCAACAAAGGAGGAAGCACCAAAUUACAUAUUUGGCACACCAAGCUAAGGCAAAUGAAGUUGAACUACAAAAUCAAUGGGCAAAUAAUAGGAUGUCAAAAAGACAGACCCAGUCUAAAUAUGGAUUUUAAUGUAAAUAAAAUAGGUAUAAUAAAACUGUAAAUAUUUAUUAUUAAAUC